UCCCACCAACGCCGACUCUGAAUCCCUCUCACCCUGUGGCUUAUAUUUUGCUGUCUGUUUUCUCCGCAUGGCUUAUUUGGAUCUCCUAUGUUCUCUUAAUUCAGAAUCUAGUCAGGAGGCUGAAAGUCUGCUCGAGUCUGACGGGCUCAAAAUUUGCAUCACCCUUUGAGUACCAUUUAAAAUUUUCUCUUCGCUGCUUUGAUGGCAGAUAUUUAUGGUAUACUAAAGCUGAGGUGCUGAAGCUAGAAUGUACUCCUAUGGCUUGACCAAUUCUUCACAGGAGGUCGAUCAAGGACCGACUUUGCUCCGUACUUCAGGGCCCCCCCUAUGCAACAAAUAACUUAUAAUGCAGUUCGUGAGGCUUGAUCUUUCUUUGCUUUGGUCCAACUCUCUUCUGUACGAAUUCAUUCCCUUAUCCUCGGCAGAAAUGACUAACCCGGCCGAAGUCGCCCACGGGCCAAUGCUCAUAGGCCUAAUGAUCAAUACCACGCUGUUUGGAGUAGCAAUAGCGCAGGUGUAUAUCUACAUGACGACGUAUCAAAAAAGGGACAGGCUGUGGAUGAAAGCCUUCGUUGUCUUCUUAUUCCUGACCAACUUAAUCAAUUCUAUCCUUCUCAUGGCGUACGUAUACAUCGCGCUGAUCAAACAUUUUGAUGACGUUCCUUACCUGUCCAACGCAACCUGGCUUUUCGCCACCGACCCUGCCUUGACGGGCAUCAUCGCUGGCGCUGUACAGCUAUUCUUCGCGUGGCGCGUGAAAGUUCUCACAUCGAACUGGUAUCUCGGCUCUCUCGUUGCUGUCCUAGCCCUAGCUGGGACCGGCGCCUCCAUCGCAGCCGCCGUUGAGUCCGUGGCCGUCGGUACUUUCACAAAGUUCCAAGAAUUCCAGUCGGUUGUGAUCGUAUGGCUCGUCUCUGCGUGCGUGGGGGAUUUCACCAUCACUGCUAUCUUGGUGUGGUAUCUGAGAAAGCACAAAACGGGUUUCCAAGGCUCGGAUGAAUUGGUCGAUAGGAUUAUCAGAGCGACGGUCCAAACCGGAUUGAUCACAAGUAUCAUAGCCAUCAUUGAUUUGAUUGUCUACUUGGUCGAUCCGUCGGGCUUGCAUAUAUUGUUCAACUUAAUGCUCGGGAAACUGUACACUAACACGCUCAUGAGCUCGCUCAACUCUCGUUCUGGAUGGUCGUACUCGAACUCGAACCAGGACUCUCAUUCACAAAGUGGGCUAGUUAGCACGUCGGGCGUCAUUGGGUCCGGGUCCAGAGGAAGGAAAGGGACCGGAACCAUUACGCGUCCUGAGGUCUUCGUACAUGUUGAACAGCACGAGCUGGGGGAUCUGCGCCCGCAGGGAAUUGUGACGCCGAGGUUCGUCAUCGAUGAUAUGAACAAGGGGCAGGAUGUGGGAGAUGAGAAUUCGCUGAAGAGAAGGGAGGAAGAGUCCGAGGUCUGGGAUGACGGUGCGAAGAAGAACGAUGCGAUUGUAUAGAGAUCGCAGAGAAAUACGAUGCGGUCAAAGAUGGGUAUUGUAGGCGCGGCUUCAAUUUCUUUCCUUUUGCAAGACAUUAA